CCGCCGCCCUCACACCCCUCCCCUCAGGCUGCUGCCUGAGGACCCCCCUUCCUUCCCCCCGGCUCGUGGCAAAGCUGUUCCCGGAGAGGCCUCCGCGGUGCCCCGUGCCGGUGGCUCUGGUCGCGGACUUCGUUUCUUUCCGCAGGAGUGGUGCUGGGGUGACAUCUGAGCACGCCCGGGCGGGGCUUUGAGGAAGCUGCCGGGAUGUUUCUCCGCCUGCUGUCCGAUGUGCAGUGGCGGGCAGCCAGCCCCAGAUGGAGGAGGAUGAGCAGCUCCCGGAGAGGCACCUCCACCACGGCAGAACCUCACCCGGUUUCCCUGCCGGCACAGGCACAGGUGGUCAUCUGUGGGGGUGGAAUCAGCGGCACCUCCGUGGCCUAUCACCUUGCCAAGAUGGGUUGGAAGGAUAUAGUCUUGCUUGAGCAGGGCAGGUUGGCUGCUGGCACCACUCGCUUCUGUGCCGGCAUUGUGAGCACAGCCAGGCCCGUGUCCAUAGAGCGGAAGAUGGCACACUAUUCCAACAAGCUCUACCAGCAGCUGGAACAGGAGACAGGAGUGCCAACAGGGUACACGAAGACAGGCUCUCUUUCCCUGGCUCAGACUCAGGACCGGCUGAUCUCCCUCAAACGCAUCGCUUCGUCGCUCAGUGUCAUGGGCAUUCCCUGUGAAAUCAUCACCCCGAAGCAAGCGCUGCAGCUCCACCCGCUCAUCAACAUCCACGACCUCGUGGGGGCCAUGUACGUGCCGGAAGAUGCGCUCGUGACGUCUGCCAAUGUGAGUCUGGCUCUGGCAACCGCUGCCUCACGAAAUGGUGUGCAGAUUCACGAAAGGACGAGUGUCAGUCACGUCACGGUCCAGAAGGGUCGUGUGACUGGAGUGGAGACUGACAGGGGACGGAUUCAAUGCCAGUACUUCGUCAACUGCGCUGGCCAGUGGGCCUAUGAGCUGGGCCACUCUGGGGAGGAGCCAGUCCACAUCCCACUCCAUGCCUGUGAACACUUCUACCUGCUGACACACCCCUUGGCGGAGCCUCUGUCCAGCAGCUUACCGACUGUUGUUGACCCAGAUGGCAGGAUCUACAUACGCAACUGGCAGGGUGGCAUCCUCUCAGGAGGCUUUGAGAAGAACCCCAAACCUCUCUUCACAGAGGGACGGAACCAGCUGGAGAUUCAGAACCUUCAGGAAGAUUGGGAUCAUUUUGGGCCCCUCCUGAGCGCCCUCCUGCGCAGGAUGCCGGGUCUGGAGGCUCUGCAGAUCCUGCAGUUGGUGAACUGCCCGGAGUCCUUCACGCCAGACAUGAGAUGCAUCAUGGGCGAGUCGCCCACUGCGCGGGGCUACUUCGUGCUGGCCGGCAUGAACUCAGCUGGGAUUUCCUAUGGUGGGGGAGCAGGCAAGUACCUGGCAGAGUGGAUGGUGAAUGGGUACCCCUCAGACAACGUGUGGCCUCUGGAUCUGAAGCGCUUUGGCACCCUGCAGAGCAGCCGCACCUUCCUCCGUCACCGCGUUAUGGAAGUCAUGCCCCUCAUGUGUGACCUGAAGGUUCCCCGCUGGGACUUCCAGACGGGCAGGCAGCUGCGCACGUCGCCACUGUACGACCGCCUGGACGCGCAGGGAGCCAGGUGGAUGGAGAAGCACGGAUUUGAGAGGGUCAAGUAUUUCGUGCCGCCUGGGAAAGAUCUGCUGGAUUUGGAUCACAGCAAGACCUUUUACAAACCGGACUGGUUUGAUAUCGUGGGUGCCGAAGUGAAGUGCUGUAAGGAAGCCGUUUGUGUUAUUGACAUGUCGUCUUUUACCAAGUUUGAAAUAAGUUCCACAGGAAACCAGGCCCUGGAGAGUCUGCAGUAUCUCUUCUCGAAUGACCUGGAUGUGCCAGUUGGGCACGUUGUGCACACAGGCAUGCUUAAUGAGAAAGGAGGGUAUGAGAAUGACUGCAGCAUAGCCCGGCUCAGCAAACGCAGCUUCUUCAUGAUCUCCCCCACUGACCAGCAAGUCCAUUGCUGGGCCUGGCUGAAGAACCGCUUGCCAGAUGACAGCAACCUGACCCUGGAGGACGUGACCUGGAAGUACACAGCUCUCAAUCUGAUUGGCCCCCGUGCUGUGGAUGUGUUGUCUGAGUUGUCCUAUGCCCCCAUGACUGCAGAACACUUUCCCUCUCUCUUUUGCAAGGAGAUGAGCGUGGGCUAUGCCAAUGGCAUCCGUGUGAUGAGCAUCACUCACACAGGAGAACCCGGAUUCGUGCUUUAUAUCCCCAUAGAGUACGCCCUCCACGUGUACAACGAGGUGAUGAACAUGGGGCAGAAGUACGGGAUCCGCAAUGCCGGUUAUUACGCGCUGCGCAGCCUGCGCAUUGAGAAGUUCUUCGCCUUCUGGGGCCAGGACCUGGAUGCUUUUACCACUCCCAUGGAGUGUGGACGUGAGUUCCAGGUCAAGCUGGAAAAGGGAAUGGAGUUUGUGGGCCAGGAGGCGCUGCUGGAGCAGAAGCAGAACGGGGUGUACAAGCGCUUCACCAUGUUCAUCCUGGAGGACCACGACACGGACAUGGACCUCUGGCCCUGGUGGGGGGAGCCCAUCUUCCGCAACGGCCGCUACGUGGGCAAGACCACCAGCAGCGCCUACAGCUACACCCUGGAGCGCCACGUCUGCCUCGGCUUCGUGCACAACUUCGACGAGAAGACGGGAGAAGAGCUGGUGGUGACCACUGACUUCAUCAACCAGGGAGAGUACGAGAUCGACAUCGCCGGGCAGCGCUUCCAGGCCAAAGCCAAGCUCUACCCCUUCAGCUCCCUCUUCACGCAACGGCGCCGCAAGGAUGAGGUGGAACUGAGUGGCUACCAGAGGGAGUAGUGGCCCCCCAACCCGCUCCUUGUCCCAGGCUGGAGCUUCUCCAUCUUCCAACCCUUUCUCCUCACCUCGUAUAUAUCUUUUCCUUUCUUGUCUUGCAACUUUUAACCUUUUUUCCAGUGUGUUACAUUUUGUAUAUUUUAAACCCUUCAUUUUCCACCUUUCCCCCCGCUCCUGUCUGUCCUCCUCCUUUUCAACGCUCGCCAGGCUCCCCCGUGUCGCAGUGGAUGAAGCACAGUGCUGGACGUGCAGGGGUGCCUGUGCAGGAGCGAACUGCACCAGAGCCCCUGGCCUUCUGGUGGUGGGAAGGGUCGGGGUGAAGCCCUGAGGACCACACACCCUUCCUCCCCGCUCUGCAGGCGCGGUGCUGCCUGCGGUGCUGCCUGCGGUGCGGGGUGAUCGCUGUGCCCUCCCCCUGGCAGAGGGGUGGGGUGUGGACGCACACAGCAAUAGAACGAUCAGCUACCUCAGUGGCAGGGGCAGAGCGUGGUGUGAGCACAGCCACCAGGCAGGCUCCAGUGCCCUUUGGGUGUUUCCCCAGCCGGGGCCUCGAGCGUGUUUGACGUCAGAGCUCUGAGCUGGCGGUGGCGCUGGUAAGUUGGAUGUCGUUGGGAUGGGAUUUUUUUUUUUUUUGCCUGGGGUGGCUGAAAAUCUAAAUGGCCUUCUCUAAUUAUAGCUGAAGAUCAACACGUGCAUUUCACUUCUAUAAAGGAAUGUGUGGGUUUUUUGGUUUUUUUUUUUUAAUUAGCAAAAAUACUGAUUUUUAACAAGGACGGAUACAUUAGUGUUUAAUGUUAAUAGCAGUGUUGAAAUGCUGCUUCUGUUUAAGCUGCACAAUAUACAAUCUCUUUGGGGAUUGUCUUUCACUUUGUUUCUCUGACUUGGUCAAACUCUUCUGGCAAGGUUCAUGUAAAACUUGUGUUGGUUUGGGGAACUUGAGCAGCAGGAGGAGACAACAUCUUGUAGUUUUAGCUGCCCAUGGUUUAUUUGAAGUUAAAGACCCAGCCAUUUGUCUCACCUGUGGUGCAGGAAACACUGGGUUUUCUUCUGCUGGUUAGAAAACAUCUCAGCAGCUUCUGCUGGACUGGAGAAGUUGUGUUGUGGUUUUCUUCUCAAAUCUGUUGCACUUCUUUCUUCUCUCCCAGUAGUACCUCAUCUGAAGGGUUGAUAGGGGAGUGAAGGGAGCGUGGCAGUGGGAUUGUGACUUGCUUUCCUUCAGCGCUGCUCUUUGCAUCUGGCUUCUCCUGCAGAUGCUCCAGGCAGUGCAGCUGGGAUUCACCCCUUCCUUGUGUGUCAAAGUGUGCCAGUUGGAACACUGCUGGUAAAUGGUGCAGAAGUGGGGGGGUUGCUGAAUUUCAUUGUGCACAUGUACAUCUUCUUUUUCUUCUUCACCUUUUGAGCACAAUCAAAAGCAAAGACUCUUUCUAUUUACUUGAAAAAAGAUCUGUUAAACAUUUUCCUUGCCUCUGUCAUGGUCUUUCUGCUCCAGCAUCUCCUCUGGAGUUCAAACACAACACUGCACUGAUGUCUGCCCUGUCAGCCGUGAUGAACACUUUCUCUAUGAUCUACAAUCUUCUUUGGGCACUUUAUUUUCCAGUUAAAUGGUGAGCAUCAACAGUGUAAAUAUGAGCUCAAAACCUUCCCUGGUUCUUGUUUUAGGUUUGCCUUCUGCUGCUUUAGUUGCUUCAGGUGGCACCUUCAGCUGAGUCUGUGGCUGCUGGUGCAGGGCAGGGUGUGAGGGAGUGAAGGAUUUGAGGUGUGGUGUAGUGGGCUGAACGUAGAUGUCACUUCUUCCAGCGUCUGUUCCUCUGUCAGUGAUGACUUUCGUUGUCGUGUGACCUCUUCCAGGAUUUCAAACUUAGUUCUGAAUUGACCUGCAAAAUUUCCCAGCCUCUGAAAUGGAGUGGCCACAGUGGGACAGCUGUGUGAGGUCUCCCAGCCCGGAGUGCUCUGUGCAGCUGCUCUAGGCAGAGAUUCCUCCUGCCUGUCAUUUCCUCCAAACUCCCCUAUUAGUGCUCUCUGAGUUGAAAUUUUGUCUGGUGUGUUAGAAUUAAUUGCUUAAAUGAAAGGUUCAUAAAGCAUCUAAUAGCAGUUUAAACUCUGUAAUUACUUCUUGCAUAUCCUUUCUGCCUUGGAGGGAUCCCUCUGUUCCUGUGCGGGAUGGAUGUACCAAGGAGGACCUUGGUCUGUCUCCAUUGGUUUUAUGGGAUGUUGCUUUGCCUUCCUUAUCCAGGGAAAUGGGUGCUCAGCCAGAGAAAGAGUUUUGUAGGUGAGGCUUGGGGUGUGUCUUAGAGCAGCCCUUCUGAUUAGGGUUUAUUGACCCUUUGUUGUUGCUGGUGAGGCAAGGCACUUCUUCAGGGGAAGGCAAAGUGUAGGGCCAGGGUGUGCUGAGGUGCAUCAUGCAAUUCCUGAAGAGAGAUUUUAGCUGGAACCACUCAGUUUGUUCUCUGCAGAGUUAGAACUGGUUAAAACCAACCAAGGAAAGUCAGCAGCGUGCUGUCCUCUACCAGGCACUCCUCCCUGCAGUAUCAAUUAGGUUGCAGCCAGAUUAUAUUCCUCCUUGUGAUUAUUUUUCCUUUUCCCUAAUUUAUGGGUGCCUGUUAUUUCCUCAGGCAACUUUUCAUACAUGGGUGUCUCUCCUCCAGCAGUUCUGACAAUAAAAUUGUGGUUUAUGAGCUACUUUUGUCAUUGUGUCUGCUAAGGUUUAUUUUAUGUCUGGAAGGUUUAUUUUAUGUCUAGAUCUAUUGACUUUUCCAUACCAAAAAUAGAGAGGGAAAAUAGUUUUCUACCAUGCUGAGAGAUACAGCAACACUUUUUGUAAUGCUGUGUUUGCUGUUUGGGACUUGGGUGGUUUGGUAAUUGUCAGUCUUGCAGCUCAUUAACGCCUACUCUGGCCUUCUCUGCUGUGAAUUCUGAUUCUUGUUUUAUAUCAGAACCCGAGGCUGCUGCUCAGGCUCAGUCGAUUUAACUUCUGGUGUAGCUAUUUUUGACCUUACAGUGGUAAAGAAUAGUUUGUUUUCACCAACUUGAACACCUGUCAAGGGGACAAUUGGAUCACGUUUUAAAAUAGUGAUGCUGAGGCUGAGGCAGAUCCUUCUAGUGUGGUGUUUUCUUCGGGAGGUAUUAAGCAGUGAUGUAAGACUAAUCCCUUUAUCUGGUGAUUAAAGUAGAGUGCCUAAAAAAAGAACAACGAAAUCUGCUGAAUAGUACCUUCAGUACACCUUCAAACCAGAAAAUUGAAAAUCUGGUCCUGGAAGCAGCUGUGGCACAGUCUGAGCAUCUAAGGUGGUAAAGAACACGGACUGUAAAAUUGUACAUCCUGAUUCUCAUCCUUAAAACUGCCUUAAAAUGCCUUCUGCUGAGAAAGGCUGGUUGUUCUGGUUCUGCAUGGUAAGACCACGCACCUUGGAUGGGGAAACACUAAAAUAGCAUCCCUGUCUGCUGCAGUGUGAGGGGAGACGGCUCAUUCUGAGCUGAAGCAGCAGCAGCUCUGCCCUCUGCACCUCGUGUGUGUCACUCCCAGAGUUGUCACCAGCUCUCUGAGCUUUGCUGUCCACAAUGGGAACAGCCCAGUUCACACUGGCCCCUUGGGAGGGAAGCUAAGGAGGGAAUCCAUCCAAGUGUGCAUGCAUGGAAGGGCUGGCUUGCCCAAGUGUUAUUUGUACUUUGGGGAACUUGGGGAAGAGGUACCACUUCCUAACUGACUGAUUUUAGAGGUGUUACACUGUCUUAACCUUGCUGUGUCCUUAUGUUCUCAUGUUUUGUUAGUCCUUGAGGACUGCAAGGCCUGACUAAAACUGGUACUAUAGAAGAGAGGCUUUACUGUUCAUAUUCAAUGAUCUGAGGGUAAAGCUAAGGCAGCCUGUUUUGGAAUGAUGUUUUCUGUUUCAGGGGGAUGUGUUACAGUCAUUUUCACAUCCAUUUUUGCCACACUUAGCUGCUGCUUGUUUUCUCUGUGCUGCCUCCCAUGUCUGGAUCAGACAGGCCCAGUUUCUGUGGCCAGGAGGGGAGGCUGUGUGGAACAUCCACUGCAUCUCCAAGUCUUGAUGUAAGCUUGGAUUCCUCCUUUCUGCUGUUGCAUUUGAGCUGCCACCAAUCAUUUGCUGUUCCUGCAGCACCUCCAAACCCCAGCCUGUGCUGCUGGAGGGUUUCUCGUGCACAGGGUUCUUCUCUUCCUUCUACCUGAUGCUUUGUCAUCAGAGCCAGGUUGGCUCUAGACCUGUCUCUCUGCAUCACUUUAAGCUCUCAUACUUUUAGGUGGUGCUGAUACCAAUAUCUGCAGCUUGCAGGCAGGUUUGUGGCCAGUGUAUAUCCCAUCAUUUAACCCUCCCUUUCCCUGUGCCAGGGUUUUCCCACUGUCCUUACCACUUCUCUGGUCUCCUUCCUCAGGUGGCUCAGCACGUCAGUCCCUUUUGCCCAUCAGAGAGCGAGGCAGGGCUGCAUAAAAACAGGGCAGGGCUGAGCUGAGGUGGGAGCAGAGGUGUGAUAGAGCUUUAAUCUUGUGCCUGUUACUUAAUUCCUUAAGCCCAGCCUUGGAGAGAUGAUCAGCCUGGAUUUCCAGCUCAGGGAGCAUCUUCCUCUGCAGCCUUGGUGCUGGGCAGAUGAGAGCUGUGGCUCUGGGCCGAGCUGGGACAGCAUCAGCACUUGUUUCCAAGCACAUUUCCCUCUCUCACGGGAGAGGUGGGAACUGGGAGCACUUGAUUGCCCUGAACACUUAAAUGGGUCUCUCUGACACCUUCUUGCAACUGUGAAGGUACAGCACUGGCAUUGCCAACCUCGUCCUUCCAGCACAUUUGAGUGAACCAGAAUGGUUAAAUUUUGGGAAGAAGUCUGUAAAACCAAGGUACUUUCUGUGUUGGGAGAGGGGGCAGCUGCUUGGAAGGGCAGAAGUUGUUUUUAUUUCAAACACAGCACUUGGCUGCUGACAAUGUCGAGCAGAAUGUUCACAACCUUUAGGUUUGUCUUCCCAAAUGAGUUUGUUAUAAUACUUGGUCAGAUUAAUUUCUGCCCAUUUCAAGAUUAUUUUUUGUUUGUUUGUCUUAAACUGCCUUUUCCUUAACUGAUUGUUUGUAUUUUUAUUUAAAAAAAAAGGCAUUCAGUCAGGGAACAGGACUUGGGGAAGGAGGGAGUUUAGGGUCAUCAGAUGACUUCAAGCUGUCACUGAAAAGUGUUGGAACAUUUUCUUUGCACUUUAAACUUUCCUUAAGCAUUAUGGCUGUAGCACCAUGCAUUUAUUUAGUGCUUUUAGCCCUCUGCAUGAGUAGUCUUUGCAUUUGAUAGGAAAAAAACCCCUUUAAUAUUUAUAAAUGCCUUAAAGCUCUGAGUGCGGUGUUUGGGCACUGAUUGUACCUGCCAUUUGGUUUCCUUCCUGGAAAACUGAGUGCUGAGCACCCAGAGCUGCUACUGAGCAAGCACUGGGGGAUGGGGGAAGCUGCUGUUGCAGAGUGAGGCUGGAAUUUGUACUGAGCUGGGAGCCCCUGUGCCUGCACAGCUGCUGGGCUGACACCUUCCUGUUUGUUUCUCCCUCUGGAAACGGAUUUAUUCACUUUUUCCUCAUGGUGUAAUGGGUUUUCUUAUUUCUUGGAGAAGCCUGGGCUGGUGCAGAGUGCUCUGUGAGUGUCCCAUUGUGUUAAAGGAAACAAAAUUCUCUGCUUGGGCGUUUCCCUGCUCUGCCACCUGACAUUUGCAGGCAGGAGUCAGUGGGAGUGGAGGGGAUCUGCUGCUGCACACAGUGUUUGCUGAGAUGGCUCUGAGGCCUCUCAUCUCCCAUUUGCCUCAAAGCUGGGCUGCAUUCCCAGUGUCAGGCUGGCUUUGUGCUGUGCUGAGGGGCUGUGUGAGAUCCCACCUGCUCGGGAUCGGGAAUCCCCACCAGGAGGAGCGGGGACGUCACCUCCAGGAGGUGACACAGCCACACUUACUGAUUUGUCAGUGCUGGUAAACAGUUGAUCUUCCCCCACGGAUUCUUGACACCUGCUACAAGCAGAGCAGAUAUUUGGGAGUCAUCGGCCCCCCCAGCUAGGACCUGAUCCAUGCUGUGUGUAUGAGAGGAAUCCUGUGCUGUCUGCCUCUUUACUUGCCACCACUGAGACUUUUUCCACACUCAAAUUCCAUGCUCUUCCCCUAGUGGAGCAGAUUUCACUUCUUCCAGUGAAACCAGAGGCAGGCUUAUGUCCCUGAAUCUCUGUUCUGUAUCUCUUGGUCAGGCUUGCAGCAGGACACUUGUCCAAACCCCUUCACUCUUUCCUCUCCUGAGAACAGAUUUUUAAAGGGCUGGGAGGAUUUUCUGACGAGUGCUACAACCGAAAUUUUAAGAACAACUGAAGUUUGAACCUGUGAAAACACUUUCCUAGUGCCUUACGCUUGUGAAUGUUGUGCAAUGGGUGGAGCUGAGGUGGGACAGAGCAAGGAGCAGCUCUCAGAGCAGCGUGGUUCCCCAUCCACCACGCCCUCCCCUUGCAGGGGCCUGGCAAGCAGAUGCCUGCAGGUUGUCUCUGGCAGCUUGGGGAGGCUCCUUCUUUGCCAUAUGGGGUCAGAGAAACCUUGUGCUGGGUGCUCUGCGUUUUUGGGGAGCAGUGGUCUCACCUCUGCAGGGUUUGGGUUCGAGGGGUUCAGGAGGGACGAGGCUGCUCCGAUUGCCAGAGCCCGUGGUGCAGGACGUGGACAGUCGUUCCCAAGCGCACAAGUCAGGGCGAGUUUGCUGCUCCCCACUGAGGCCAUGUUGUCAUGUAUGCUGUAUUUAUAUCAUGCUUGAUUUCAUUUCAUAUUUUGGUUGGCUUAAAUGUUGCUAGGUUUGUAUAUUAAUAAAGAGGCAUUUUAACUA